GUAGCUGGGGACUUUAGCGAUAAGGUGCGGAGCCCGCGCAGCAGUAGGCUAUAAAGCUCAGCGCACUUGUUCCUGCACAAGCAACUGCUCUUUUUAUUUCUUAGUGCUGUUUUUGUUUCCUCAGAUCCACCCACCCUAUUAACUUUCUUUUCCUCGAGCCAUUUGCAUAUAAACAAAAGUUUAUCUGUGUAAACUACUCGUAGGAAUCAUCCUUAGUACAAAUAGCCACGACAAUGAGCGUUGUUAUACCCAGCAGCCCAGCCCCGGCUGAGGAUCAAGCCAAGCUUCUUGAUGAAGUCCUUAAUGUAGUCAAGAUUCAGGCGCACCAAAUGAAAAAGUGCCUUGAUAACAACAAGCUUAUGGACGGAUUAAAACAUUGCUCCAAUAUGCUAUCCGAACUGCGAACAUCUGUUUUGACGCCCAAGAUCUACUAUGAACUGUACAUGGCUAUUUUUGAUGCGAUGCGACACAUGACGAUAUUCCUGACGGAGGCACACAACUCUGAGCGUCAUCAUCUCGCCGACCUGUACGAGCUGGUGCAGUAUGCUGGCAACAUCGUUCCCCGUCUGUAUUUGAUGAUUACUGUCGGUUCAGUCUACAUGAGCACACCCGAAGCUCCUGUUCGAGAAGUAAUGCGGGAUAUGAUGGAAAUGGUUCGUGGCGUACAGCAUCCGACACGAGGCCUGUUUCUCAGACAUUAUUUAAGCGGCAUGACCCGUGAUUAUCUUCCCCUUGGAGAAAGCCCAGGACCAGAAGGAAAUGUGCAUGAGUCGGUCCAUUUUAUUCUCACCAACUUCACCGAGAUGAACAAGCUCUGGGUUCGAUUGCAGCACCAGGGUCACACCCGGGACCGAGAAAAGAGAGAAGCGGAACGUCGAGAGCUGCGAAUUCUAGUUGGUACAAGCCUUGUACGGUUAAGUCAGCUUGAAGGUGUGGAUCUACGUAUCUACCAAAGUUUGAUUUUGCCGGGGAUCUUAGAUCAAGUAGUCAGCUGUCGUGAUGUAAUUGCCCAAGAGUAUUUGAUGGAAGUGAUCAUUCAGGUGUUCCCCGACGAGUUCCAUCUGCGCACCCUGCAACCUUUUCUGUCUGCAAUAGCCCAGCUCCAUCCUAGAGUUAAUAUCAAGCAUAUCAUUAUUUCGCUUAUUGACCGAUUGGCAGCCUAUGCCGCCCGAGAAGCAGAGUCCGAUGUAUCAUUUGAGGCACGACAAAAGAAGGAAGAGCAGGCCAGACUUGUUCAACUGGAGAAACGUAAACGACUACAACGUGAACUACAAGGCGAGGAAGUAACGGAGGAGCUGGCGAUUAACGCUGCAACAUCUGAAGGCGACGAAAAAGAAACCCUCACGAAUGGUGAACUUGAUGAGUCUAAAGGAAUUGAAGGAGGUCCAGAAGAACAGAAGGCCACCGACGACGACAAGGCGAUUGAAAAGAAGGGCGAAAAGACAGAAGAAAAAACAAAUGGCAAGGAAGAGAAUGUGGUUAAGAAAGUCCGGGGUAUCCCAGAAGAUGUUGAGCUAUUCGUUGUUUUCUGGGAACAAGUGGUCGAACUUGUCAAGGCCCGUCCCGAUCUUUCUAUACAAGACUUGACAGCACUACUUGUUUCGAUGACCAAUUUGUCGCUAUCCUGCUACCCUGAGCGUCUCGAGUACGUGGAUCUAGUCCUUACCUACGCCAAAGACAAGGUCAUUGAAUACUCCGAUUCUGCGGAUCUUCACUCGAAGGUCACGGAAGCCAAUCUGCUCGCACUGCUACUAGCACCCAUCACCAACUACACGUCUGUUUUGACCCUACUGGCUCUUUCCAACUACCAGUCUCUCCUUGGUGUCCGUCCGUACAAUACCCGUCGUGCCAUUGCGCAUGCUAUUAUUUCCAGUAUCCUCAAAAACCAGACUGUUAUUAGUAGUCCAGAGGAUGUACAUGAUAUCCUAGAACUGUGCGACGUUUUGUUGCGCGACCAAAAGGAUGCACCGGUUGGUGCUGUUCCUGCAUCACCAAUGUACGGUAUUCGUGGGCGCACGGUUAACUUAGAACAGGAAGAGUUUGCUGAAGAACAGGGAUGGAUGGCAAAACUGGUUCAUCUUUUCCAAUCGGAUAAUGAUGACACACAAUUCUUGCUUCUAUCUGCGGCAAGAAAACAAUUCAGCGAAGGUGGAAGUCGCGUACGAUUUACAUCGCCUCCGCUGAUCAUAUCUGCCAUGAAACUGGCCCGAAGAUACAAGAUCCAGGAAACCCAGGACGAAUUCUGGGAAAAGAAGACAAGUGCGCUUUUCCGGUUUAUCCAUCAGAUCAUCUCAACGUUGUACGACAAAUGCGAGGAGUGUGCAGGCCAAUGCCUCCGCUUCUUCCUGUUAGCUGGUCAAAGUGCUGCCGAGUGUGGGUUUGAGGAAAUCUCGUACGAGUUCUUUGUGCAGGCGUUCACGAUCUAUGAAGAAUCGAUAUCCGAGUCCCGUGCUCAGUUCCAGGCAAUUACGUGCAUCAUUGGUGCAUUGCAGCAGACACGGGUCUUUUCUGCCGAAACAUAUGACACGCUGAUUACCAAAGCGGCGCUCCACAGUGCCAAGCUUUUGAAAAAGCCAGAUCAGUCGCGGGCCGUCACCCUCUCGUCGCAUUUGUGGUGGGUUGCAGACAACGGAGAAGCGGAGCAGCCAAGUCGCAGUGGCAAGCGCGCAUUGGAGUGCUUGCAAAAAGCGCUCAAAAUUGCAGACAGCUGCAUGGAUGCAGUGACCAACGUCCAGCUGUUUGUCGAGAUCCUGAAUCGCUACAUUUACUACUUUGAGAAGGGCAACGACGCGAUCACUGUCAAGUACUUGAACAGCCUUAUUGACUUGAUCCACUCCAACUUGGCCAACAUGGAUAACCCCGACCAGCAUCCACCAACAUCGAACUCUUCGUCGCUUAUGGAACCCCAUGGCCAAAUGUCUGACUAUGUCCGCAGACACUUCCGUGCUACCUUGCAGCAUAUAAAGGAGCGCAAAGAACGCGCUGAGGCCCCCUCCUAUGCGGAUGUUGACCUUGGCCCAGAGCUGUGAAAAGUAAAUGAGAACUUGUAG